AGGACCGCCGCGGGAGCCGCAGCAGCGCCAUGUCGUCUCCGGCCUCCACCCCCAGCCGCCGCCGCGGCAAGCGCGGCCGGGGCAGCAACCCCCCGACUCCGCAAGAUGCUCGCUCUCCUCCUUCCCAGAAGCGUCGGGCGGACGACUCCACCUCCACCGGGGACCUGCAGCCCAUGCCCACGUCGCCGGCCGCCGACGUGCAGAGCCCCGGCGCCGCCGACGCGCUGUUCUCCAGCCCCCCUCAGUUCCGCCACUCGGCUAUUCCUCUUGACUUCGAUAUCAGUUCACCUUUGACUUACGGCACACCCAGCUCCAGAGUAGAGGGUACUCCACGAAGUGGUGUCCGAGGAACUCCCGUUAGGCAGAGGCCAGAUCUUGGGUCUGCCCGUAAAGCCAGACAAGUUGAUUUACACUCAGACGGGCUGGCUGAGGAUAUAGUAGCAACCAAGCAAUCUCUUGGACAAAAGCUUGUUAUUUGGGGAACUGAUGUUAAUGUAGCUUCAUGCAAAGAAAAAUUCCAGAGAUUUCUUCAGCGCUUUAUCGAUCCACUAGAUAAAGAGGAUGAAGACAUUGGCUUGGAUCUUAAUGAGCCACGCUAUAUGCAGCGACUUCAAGAGAUUAAUAUUGUUGGGGAACCAUUCCUGAACGUAAACUGUGAUCAUCUAAGAUCAUUUGAUGAAAAUCUCUACAGGCAACUGAUCUGCUACCCUCAGGAAGUUAUCCCAACAUUUGACAUGGCUGCCAAUGAGAUAUUUUUUGAUCGUUACCCUGAUUCAAUACUAGAACAUCAAAUUCAAGUAAGGCCAUAUAAUGCAUUGAAGACUAGGAAUAUGAGAAGUCUAAACCCUGAAGACAUCGAUCAACUCAUCACCAUCAGUGGUAUGGUCAUCAGAAGCUCCCAGUUAAUUCCUGAGAUGCAGGAAGCAUUCUUUAAAUGCCAGGUUUGCGCUUUCACCACCAGAGUAGAAAUCGAUCGUGGCAGGAUUGCUGAACCAUCAGUGUGCAAGAACUGUAACACAACGCACAGUAUGGCACUGAUUCACAAUCGAUCCAUGUUCUCUGACAAACAGAUGAUCAAACUGCAGGAGUCUCCUGAAGAUAUGCCAGCUGGGCAGACCCCACAUACAGUUGUGCUGUUUGCUCACAAUGACCUUGUUGAUAAAGUGCAGCCAGGUGAUAGAAUUAAUGUCACAGGUAUCUACCGGGCAGUCCCAAUUCGAGUUAAUCCACGUGUCAGCAGUGUACAAUCCGUGUAUAAGACCCACAUUGAUGUCAUACACUAUCGCAAGACAGAUUCAAAACGCCUGCAUGGUGUCGAUGAGGAAACGGAGCAAAAAAUAUUUACAGAGGAACGUGUGAAAAUUCUCAAAGAGCUUUCUAAAAAAGCAGACAUAUAUGAGAGACUUUCUUUAGCAUUGGCUCCAAGUAUCUAUGAGCAUGAAGAUAUCAAAAAGGGUAUCCUGCUUCAGCUUUUUGGGGGAUCAAGAAAGGAUUUUACUCACACAGGAAGAGGCAAUUUUCGUGCAGAGAUCAACAUUCUUCUCUGUGGUGAUCCUGGUACCAGCAAAUCACAGCUGCUCCAGUAUGUGUAUAACCUGGUUCCUCGAGGCCAGUAUACUUCUGGCAAAGGCUCAAGUGCAGUUGGUCUUACUGCAUAUGUGAUGAAGGAUCCAGAAACACGGCAACUGGUUCUUCAGACAGGUGCUCUAGUCCUUAGUGACAAUGGCAUUUGCUGCAUUGAUGAGUUUGACAAAAUGAGUGAAAGCACAAGAUCAGUUCUACAUGAAGUAAUGGAACAACAGACACUCUCCAUUGCAAAGGCUGGAAUUAUUUGCCAACUGAACGCCCGUACAUCUAUCCUGGCAGCAGCUAACCCUAUAGAAUCACAGUGGAAUCCAAAAAAGACUACUAUUGAAAACAUUCAGCUUCCUCAUACACUGUUGUCAAGAUUUGACUUGAUCUUUUUGAUGUUGGAUCCACGUGAUGAAGCUUAUGACAGACGUCUUGCUCGUCAUUUGGUUUCACUGUACUACCAAAGUGAAGAGAAGAUGGAGGAGGAAUACAUGGAUAUGGCAAUAUUGAGAGAUUACAUUGCAUAUGCUCGUAGUUAUGUAAAUCCCAGAUUAAGUGAAGAAGCAAGCCAAGCCCUUAUAGAGGCAUAUGUGGACAUGAGGAAGAUUGGUAGUGGCAGGGGAAUGGUUUCUGCAUAUCCUCGACAGCUUGAGUCCCUGAUCCGGCUGGCAGAGGCGCACGCCAAGGUGCGCUUUUCAGAGAAAGUUGAAACAAUUGAUGUAGAAGAAGCAAGACGCCUCCAUCGGGAAGCACUGAAACAGUCUGCUACUGAUCCAAGGACUGGAAUUGUGGACAUAUCCAUUCUCACUACAGGAAUGAGCGCAACAGCUCGUAAGCGAAAAGAGGAGUUGGCUCAAGCCUUAAGGAAGCUUAUCCAGUCAAAGGGUAAAUCACCGUCUUUGAAGUACCAACAGCUUUUCGAUGAUCUCCGAGCCCAGUCUGAUACAGCUGUCACGAAGGAAAUGUUUGAAGAAGCACUUCGUGCCUUGGCUGAUGAUGACUUCUUGACUGUGACUGGAAAGACUGUUAGACUGCUGUGAGUUAACCUGUCUGUGGAAGGCUGCUGUCACGACUUCUACUUCGCCUUACUUAAGAUAGUGUCAGUCUGCAAGAUCUUUGAGAUUGGGACUAUCAUUUGCUAUGACAGGCAUAGCCUUUCCUUGCCAGCCAACUGCCAUGGCUUUACUUUGCCUUACUAUAUUGCCAGUCUGCAAAAUUUUCAAGAUUAGGGCUAUCAUUUGCUAUGACAAGUGUCGUGAAAUUGAGUGGCACUUCUGUCAUUUCAGGAUAUUACUGAGGACCUAAAAAAUCCUCAUCUGAAUAAUGCUAUUUACAUUUUAGCUAAAUGUAAUUACUAAUAUGUCAAGUGCUAUGUGUUUUUAUGAGGUUUUUUAGAAUGUGCUAUCACUGUUGCGUGUAUUUCCAAUUGAAGUGUAAAAAUUCCUCUAAGUGACUUUUUAGUAAAUGCAGUUUGACUAUUAGUAUGGCUGUAAUCUGAAAUAAAGUUAUUUGACUUAAAA